GGAAGUGAUUUUAAAUGUCUCUGCACCCAAGCCUCAUGUUUUCCUGUUUCUAACUUUUGGGACGAUGGAUGGUCUUCUUUCACAGAAAGGCAGGCAGGUGAAGGAGCGAAUGCUUGAGAGUUAGAAAAGGCGAACGGGAAAAGGAGGGAGAGAAACAGGAUGAGAAACAAUGUGCAGGAGCUGAUCCGGUUACGUAAGCAGGUCUGAGAAGGGAAAGCAGUUCAAGCUGACUUGUCAUGCACAAGAGAAAGGGAGAAAUGCUUGAAAAUGAUGGGACAAAGUGUUGCACACAGCUUCAGUGAACCAAGGAGACCUAAAGUUCCCCCAGUGGGAACGUGAAAGCUGCUGGUCAACAUGUCCUCGCUCUAAAACGACUGUCAUGCAUGGCUCAAAAGGAGAAGCUCCAGUGUCUGAAGGACUUCCACAAGGACACCCUUAAACCUUCUCCGGGAAAGAGUCCGGGUACGCGGCCCGAGGAUGAGGCUGAAGGAAAAGUCCCUCAGAGGGAAAAGUGGGCGAGUAAGCUCGACUUCGUCCUGUCUGUGGCCGGAGGCUUCGUCGGAUUGGGAAACGUGUGGCGCUUUCCUUACCUUUGUUAUAAAAAUGGUGGAGGUGCAUUUCUCAUCCCUUACUUCAUCUUCCUGUUCGGGGGAGGCCUGCCUGUGUUUUUUCUGGAGGUUGCACUGGGUCAGUACACCUCCGAGGGAGGGAUCACCUGCUGGGCCAAACUCUGCCCCAUCUUUACUGGUAUCGGCUAUGCUUCUAUUGUGAUCGUGUCUCUUCUGAACAUCUACUACAUCGUGAUCUUGGCCUGGGGGCUCUACUACUUGUUCCAGUGCUUUCAGCCGGAGCUCCCAUGGGCAAAAUGCAACCAGCCCUGGAACACGGCACACUGCAUAGAAGACACAGUCCGCAAGAACAAGACCCUCUGGCUGGCAGCCAACUUCACCAACUUUACCUCCCCUGUCACAGAGUUCUGGGAGCGCAACGUCCUGAGUAUCUCUACUGGGAUAGAGGACACCGGGCCCCUGAAGUGGGACCUGGCCCUGUGUCUGCUGGCAGUGUGGAUCAUCUGCUUUUUCUGUAUUUGGAAAGGAGUCAAGUCCACUGGGAAAGUUGUGUACGUCACCGCAACAUUUCCCUUUGUGAUGCUGAUCAUACUGCUGGUGCGUGGCGUGACUCUGCCUGGAGCUGCUGAAGGGAUCAAAUUUUAUCUUUAUCCAGACCUUACCCGUCUCCAGGAUCCAGAGGUGUGGAUCGAUGCAGGAACCCAGAUUUUCUUUUCCUACGCAAUCUGCUUGGGCGCCAUGACUUCACUGGGGAGCUACAACAAGUACAAGUACAACUGCUACAGGGACUGUUUGCUGCUUGGAGGCCUCAACAGCGGUACCAGUUUUGUGUCUGGCUUCGCAAUAUUUUCCGUCCUGGGCUUCAUGGCACAAGAACAAGGGGUGGACAUUGCCGAUGUGGCAGAGUCAGGUCCCGGCUUGGCCUUCAUCGCCUACCCCAAAGCUGUGUCCAUGAUGCCUCUCCCGACGCUGUGGGCCAUCCUCUUCUUCAUCAUGCUGCUGCUUCUGGGCCUCGACAGCCAGUUUGUUGAAGUGGAAGGACAGAUCACCUCCAUCGUGGAUCUCUAUCCAUCCGUUCUCAGGAAAGGUUAUCGCAGAGAGAUCUUCAUUGCAACCAUGUGUUUCAUGAGCUAUCUCCUGGGACUCGCCAUGGUGACGAAAGGUGGCAUGUACGUGUUUCAGCUCUUUGACUACUAUGCAGCCAGCGGUGUGUGCCUUCUAUGGGUUGCGUUUUUUGAAUGCAUUGCUGUAGCCUGGGUUUAUGGAGCUGAUAAUUUCUAUGACGCAGUUGAGGAUAUGAUUGGCUACAGACCAAACCCGUGGAUGAAAUGGAGCUGGACCAUAAUCACUCCUGUACUCUGCAUGGGGUGCUUUGUCUUCUCCCUGGUGAAGUACAAGCCUUUGACAUACAACAAGGUGUACGAGUACCCCGAAUGGGCCAUCGGCCUGGGUUGGUGUUUGGCUCUCUCCUCUAUGAUCUGCAUCCCCAUGGUGAUGGUCAUCAAGAUCCUACAGUCAGAAGGACCUCUGAUCGAGAGAAUCAAAGCGGUGGCAGCCCCAGCAAAGUCAGGCGUGAGCUCUCGCCCGAAAGAGUACAAUGUGAAAUGCAGCGAACUGACACAGCCCCUGGACCCAAACGGGAACAAUGGCUUGAUCAAGCCCACCCACACCGUCAUAGAAACAAUGAUGUGAGCGCUCUCUGUGAGAGGAAAAAGACUCGUGCUUGCUGCGUUAUACUAGCUAACUUUGAUGAGAUUAGGUUUACAUUGUUCAAUAUAUUCAUUGUAGAGAUACUCUGGGUUGAUUUCUAUUAAGAUAUAUAUAUAUAUAUAUAUAUAUAUAUAUAUAUAUAUAUAUAUAUAUAUACAUUAUUGUUGUAAUUUUUUUCUCUUGUAAUUUUUUUACUUCACUGAUAUUGGUGUUACUGUUGUUGCUGUAGCUGGCACUGAUCUAGGUUUAGGCAGAUAUUUUCAGAAAGAACACGUUCAUUGUUUACGAUCGCUCAGUAGAUUCCAGAGAGAUUGUUGGUGGAAAGGACGUUCUGGAGGAAAAGGGAGAUGUUUCUCACAAAUUCAGGUAAAAUAAAUGGGUUAGUCGCUAAAAAACAAGACACUUCAUCACUCUUUACAUGAUCUUGUUGCCCAGACUGAUCUCUAAUUUAAAAAAAUACAUUUUUAAAUCCACAGUCAGACGAAACAGAAGUCUGCUAGCAGCAUCUCUCACUGUUCUUGUUUAUAUAAAAGGAACAUUUUGGUCAUUUUUGAUCACGUUUCAGCAUCAAAAUAACACAUAAAUACCAUCUUACUCAUUGUAGAUAGCUUCCUGAACAACCUCUGUUUGGAGAAACAGCUAAAGUACUCUAAUCUCUAAUAUUUAACAGCAAAUUAUUUUAUAAACCUUUAGUACGCCGUCAGACACUGUUCAGGGAGAAAUCUACAAGAGUAGCUUGUGACACAAUUAAAGAUGGCCAAAAGAAUAAAUAAUCCCAGGGCAACAAGGAGCUAAUUGUAUGUGUCAAACGAGGUCUCAGACAUGAGCUGUGAGAAAUGCAGAUUCACAUCAAAAACCAGAAAAAUGGGAAAAAAAAGGUUAAGAAAGGAGUUGAGGAGAAAAGGGAAGAGGCACUUUAGAGUACAUGUGCGCUGCCUCUGUGACUACUAAAGUCAGCCCCAGUGCAUUUAUUGAACUGUCUUUUUGCACUUAAUAUGUCAUUUCACCUUUAUUGUAGUAUUUGUUCUUAUCGUGCAAAGGUUUUGCUCCUAAAUUUGCAACACCGGAGGAAAUAUUUUUAGCUUCUAACUUUUUGAUAUUGUGAGAUUUUUAUCCGGAGCGUUUAGCUGCUGCUGUGCUAGGAUGACAGAGUUGAGACUGUUAUUUUGAUGCUCUUAAUAAUUAUUAGUGGGAUCCAUGAGAACAGCACUUAAACACUUUUUUUCUAAACAGGCUGACAGCUUUUAUAGUGUAGAGCUGUAAUUGCUUUAUAGGAUUUCAACUGUUUAAAUCACAUUUGCCUUUUUCUAACAAUUUUAUACAUCAACACCAUCAUGACUCAUUGUUUCAAUGAAAGUUUUAGACUUUCUCAGUGCACAAUAACUCAAAGUAUACAUAUUCUGCACUUUUAAAUUGUGUAACUGUAAGACAUUUAAACACAUAGUUGGAUAUGAAAUCUAAAGAUUUCUAAAAUGUGUCCAGGAGCCACCUCAGAAUCUUGCUAACUUGCAAAUUCAAAUGUACCAAAGUUUAUUUUUUUAAUGUCUCACAGAUUAAUCCCCAUCAAGAUGCACAUUGCAUCAUCUCUGUACAGAAAAAUAAACAUCUUUUUCCUUGA